AUGUUUUUAUAUACAAGUUUCCUUGCCGUGACCCUGGUGGCUACCGCGGCCGCACAGGUGCAGUUCCUCGGAGUCGCCAUAGCAGGCGGUGACUUCGGCUGCCAGAUAGACGGCACAUGUCCGACGGGAUCGACACAGCUGCCCCUCGGCAGCAACGGCGGAGGGGGCGAUGGCCCGGGGCAGAUGCAGCACUGGUCCUCCCUGGACAAACCACUCAAUCUGUUCCGGCUGCCCGUCUCGUGGCAGUUCCUGGUCAACAACCAGCUUGGCGGUGACCUCGACCCCAACAACGCCGGCAAGUAUGACAAGCUUGUGCAAGCUUGUCUCAGCACUGGGGCGCACUGUAUGAUUGACAUACACAAUUUUGCGCGGUGGAAUGGCGGCAUCAUCGGGCAGGGUGGGCCGACCGACGACCAGUUCGUCGCGCUGUGGACGCAGCUGGCGACCAAGUAUGCCGACCAGGACCGGAUGGUCUUUGAGCUGAUGAACGAGCCGCACGAUCUGGAUAUCAAUGUCUGGGCUGCGACCUGCCAGAAGGUGGUGGCGGGAAUCAGGGGCGCCGGCGCAACUAGUCAGAUGAUUCUGCUCCCUGGCACGAACUUCGACAGCGCCGCGACUUUGGUGUCGAGCGGGAGCGCUGCGGCGCUGAUGAACGUGACGAACCCGGAUGGGACGACGGAUAAUCUGCUGUUAGACAUCCACAAGUACCUGGAUGAAGACAACUCUGGGACGCACAAGACUUGCACGACGGACAAUGUCGAUGCAUUCACCACCGUGGCGGAGUUUCUGAGGUCGACAGGCCGGAAGGGCAUCGUCAGUGAGACUGGAGCAUCAAGCGAUGCCACAUGCUUCACAGACUUCUGCUCACAAAACAGCUUCAUCAACCAAAACUCAGACGUCUUCAUGGGCCUCGUCGGCUGGGCCGCCGGCAGCUUCGACACCAGCUACAUCCUGAGCCUCACGCCGUCGAAGCAGAACAACCAGCUCGUCGAGAACCAGCUCAUGCAGCAGUGCAUGAUAGAGAAGUGGGUGGCCACCGCCGGCAGCCCACCAAGCGCAUCAUCCGCCGCCGUCGCGGCGCCGGCCCCUCCCGCCUCAGCGUCGCGGGUGACGGUAACGAGCGUGCCGAUCAUCAUGACCACGGUGCACCCGCUCCCGACGAGCAUUCCGUUCCAGAAGUCAGUCGGUGACAUGACGUACACCAUGACUAUGUCGAUGGUGACGGGGACUGGCGGCGGGGAGGGGGAGGGCGAGGGCUUGCUCACGGCUUCGGGAAGCCCGACUCUUCCUGAUGUGGCGACACCCACUGGUAAACAAGCCGGCGGCCUCGAGACGGCUACUGGCAGUCCGAAUGGGACGGCCAAAGCAACCUCGCCGUCUGGACCUAGCGGUGUUGUUACGGCUUCGAAUGCCCAUGGCGAUGUGCGGAUUUCUUUCUGGCCGACGAUUCUCUCAGCGGGCAUUGGAAUCGUUUUUGUUGUCUAA